AUGGGGGGGGCGGCGCGCGCGGCGGGCCGUGCGGGGCUGGCGCUGUGCCAGCGCGGGCUGGCGGUGACGGGCGGGAGCCGCUUCGUGGCCGCGCGCCGCGAGGCCUGCAGUGAUGACGUCUGCUUCUUUGUCUACGACUGCACCACUGCUGAGAAGAAGCCACCGGAGGAUAAAGGUGAGGAUGAACAGCCUGUGGAUACAGGAAGUGACAACAUCCUUGCGUCUACGUUUUCCAAAUCGGGCAACUUCUUCGCUCUGACUGAUGACAACAAGCGUCUGAUUCUUUUCCGUACGCAACCUUCUUGGGAAUGCCUGAGUGUCAGGGCUGUAGUGAGGAGAUGUACCUCCCUGACCUUUACAACUUCGGAAGAGAAGAUUCUCGUGGCGGACAAGUCUGGGGAUGUGUAUUCGUUUUCGGUAAUGGAACCACACAGCGGUGGAAAACUUGAACUUGGCCACCUAUCUAUGCUGUUGGAUGUGGCCAUGAGUCCUGACGACCAGUACAUUCUCACCGCCGACCGAGACGAGAAGAUCCGGGUCAGUUUGUUCUCGGCUCCUCACAAUAUUGAGUCCUUCUGCCUUGGACACACAGAGUUCGUGAGCAGAAUAUUUGUGGUGCCAAACUGUCCAGAUCUGCUUCUUUCUACCUCAGGGGAUUGUUCCCUGAGACUCUGGGAAUACACAAGUGGAAGAGAACUGCAGUGUUGUUUUCUGAACAGCUUGAGUGAGCCUGAGGCAGCCCAAAGCGAGAAGAAAUUUGCUGGGUCAAGGAUAACCUAUUGUUGUCAAGAAAACUACAUUGCCAUUUUGGGUGACAGCAUUCCUGCAGUCUACAUCUUUCAGCUUGAUGCUGCCACCCAGCAGCUGAAUUUCAAACAGCAACUCACCUUCAGUCACAGCGUGUGGGACAUUGCAUUUGAGGAGACCCAGGGGCUGUGGAUCCUACAAGACUGCAGAGAAACAGCAAUCUUACUCUACCGACCCCAGAACGGCGAGUGGCAGCCUGCUUCCGAAAACGAAGUAUUGAAGAAAAUCUCUAGGAAUCUGCAAGACAACUGGACCAUGUUGGAGGGAUCUGCCGAAAUGGAAGGAGGCUUCAAGAACCUCUACAAGGCCACGUUCGAUAACAUGGCCACAUACUUGAAGAGGAAAGAAGAGAGACUCCAGCAGCAGCUGGAGAGAAAGAAGACAAAGAGGAAUCCACAUCCUGGGGCAAAUGGACAAGCAAAAAAGAUGAAAACAGGAGACGCACCAUGAUGGGAAUUGUCGUGGUUUGGGGUUUUCAGUACAUUUAAGAGAACCCACUUAUAUUCUGAUUUCUCCACACCUUUAACCCAGUGCUGCAGAGACUCAAAAAGGUGGCCAUGGAUGCACCACACCAGAAUUGGAGGAAAUCCUUGCAUCAAACUGAUUCUGUUAGCAUGAAGAUUUCUUUCCUGCUUAAGAGAAUAUUUACUGUACAUAUUCUCCCCUCUGCUAUAUAUUCUUCAUCCUAGCAAUUAAGGAAAAAAUACAAACCCAUCUGUAAGUUUGAAUUGAAGACCCUUCAAAUUUUCCUAGCAGAUGCACCAAAAGCCUUUUAUUUUCAUAUUGGAGGUGGGAUGUUAACCCAGGUGGCAUUUUGCUGUUUACUAAACUCCCGUCUCUAUUCCCAUUGCAAAACCUCCUUUUGCACUCCUGAAGGAAUGGUGUAUCCACAUUAAAUGGAAAACCUAGCCAGUGGAUGAUUUUUCUAGUUGAACACCGUGCUACAAAACUCCAGCAGAAAUCAUCCCCUGAGCUUCGAUAACCACUGAAGAGCCUCUUUCUUUGCAGCUCUCCAGACAGCUUCACUUUCCAGGUCAAGUACUUUUUUUAAAAAAGACCUUUUCUCUGACUAAAAGCUUUCAUUUUUUUUUUUUUUUCAUUUUGAAUGAUUUGGUAUCACCUGAGUUUCUUCAGUCAUAUCACAUAUGAUAGUUUCUUUGGGGUCAAUGAAGCAGUUUUGCAUGUCUGAAAGCGAUUUGUGUGUGGAGUUUGAAGAAUCCACACCAAAAACCCUCUGUUUCGUUUUGCUUUCAACCAUUAAAAAUUCAAGAGAAGAGCACCCUCAGAACUAAAUGUUGUCUCUUCAAAGCUUUAAAGAAAGCUCUUUAAGAACUAGACUUGCAUGAAAGACUAGUUUAUGUAAAGAAAAAUUCAUCCAUUGGACAGUAAUUUAAAACAAAGUGGUACAAGUGAAAGGCAGCAGUUUGCCUUUUAGGUGGCCUUUUUGUUCAAGAAGAAACAUCUGUCAAAACAAACAGUUCCAUAAUGAUGUAUUUGAAAGUUCCUCUAAGUAGAAGUUCUGUGUGGUCCUGACUGCAGGCUGGGCGGUUUGGGGAGGCAGAGAAACAACAGGAUAAAAUGACUUUUCAAGGUCUUUUCCAAACUUCACAGUGUAUGAUUCUGAGCACAGUUUAAAUGUCAGCAUCUUAUUUAUUAACUGGCCCACUUGUUUCCUCUGGCAUGUAAUAAUGCUCUGUAUUAUAUAACUUACAUUUCUAUAGGGCUUUCACAUUUCAUACAUCUGCACCGUGUUGUGAAACUUGACAUAUGGCAUCUGCUAUUACACUUGGGAGCUACUAAUGGGAGCUAAAAAGAAGCCAGUGAAUGGCUGUUUUUGCCUUAAAAAGAAAUUCUAGUGCUAUAAAGCAGCCAGUUUAA